AAUUCUGAAUACCGAUAAUGAUUUGUCAAUGUACUUGGCAAUUUUGUUUUAAUAAUUAUGAAUCACCUCAAGUUGGUUGUGGUCGGUCCAAAUGAGUGUGGCAAAUCAUAUAUCUGCAACUUUCUUUCAGAAACUGUGGAUCAGGUUGCUGGUGGAUACCAUCCAACCAGUGGUGUCAGAAUAUUAGAAUAUGAACAAAAAAUCAAAAUAAAAGGAAAAACCAGUAAAGUUGAAGUCGAGCUAUGGGAUGCAAGUGGAGAUAGAAAAUAUGAAUCUUGCUGGCCAGCUAUUUUCAGAGGAUCUCAUGGAGUAGUUUUUGUAUAUAACCCUGAUAAUCCUAAUCACGCGAACGAUUUACAUAAUUGGUAUCGAGCAGUGCCGCCUAGCCUGGGCUUGAGUAAACAGCAAAUGUGCAUCAUUUGUCACAAAAAACCAGACACAUCAAAUCGGGACCAGGUUUCUCUGCCAGAUGACCUGCAUAAAAUACUUCACCUGUUUUCAAAUAUACCGAAGGAUGGGGAAAGACUCAGAGAACAGUUUGGAAAAUUCGUGUCACAUGUAGCAUGGGGCAGGGUUGAGGCAAAUGAACAAGAAGAGCUCAAGAUAAUGAAUAGUUAGAGAUGUGAUCGGUUUUUAAACUUCUGCUUCAUGACCACUACUAUUUUGUUAACGCCACAAAAAUAAUGCUUACAAGAUAUUUUUCGGCCACGGUAGUUUGCAUUUUGUUCCUAAUUAACCUGGGUAUUUACAAGGGCAUUAUUUUUUUCAAGUCAGUGUCGCUGGGAUAAAAUCAUUCAUGUUUUCUACAUAUCUAUAGUACAUGAGACAACUUAGUCACUGACUGUCCUUGUAUAAGCAAACAGAAAUUUAUAAGGACGUUUUGUUUCGAA